AUGGCUCCUUCGAUCAGCGAUACGCCCAUCAACACUUCAAAUGUCUCCAAUUCAACCUGCCGAGUAGGCAUCAAUGGCUUUGGUCGUAUAGGACGCAACGUCCUUCGCGCCGCACUCGUCCGCUCGGAUAUCCAAGUCGUAGCGAUUAAUCACACCUGCCUCACUGUCGACGACCUCAUCUAUCUAAUCCGAUACGACUCCUCCAUGGGCGACCUGGACGAACAAACCCAGAUUCAAAUCCAAUCUCACAAUCUCAUCACCAUCAAUGGGAACCCAAUUGCCCUCACAUCAGAACGAGACCUGAAAAAACUCCCCUGGACCACGCUGGGAGUCGACUAUGUGCUUGAAUGCACCGGCAAAUUCACAAAACGAGAUCUUGCCAUGGAUCAUAUCACCUACGGCGGUGCGAAACGGGUGCUCAUUUCCGCGCCGAGCUCGGAUUCACCCACAUUCGUGUUUGGAGUUAACUCGGACACUUAUACCUCCAGCGAGGAAUGCCGUGUCGUGUCUAAUGCAAGCUGUACGACGAAUUGCGUGACGCCUGUCUUGAAGGUUCUGCAUGAGUCGUUUGGUAUCACGCAGGGGUUUCUCACGACGAUUCAUGCGGCGACGCGAUCUCAGCAGGUGCUGGAUGGGUAUAGUAAGAAGAAUCGACGUCUAGGACGUGGCGUUUUCAACAACAUCAUCCCUACUACCACCGGUGCAGCAAAGGCAGUUGCUGCAGUCCUCCCCGAAUUGAAGGGGAAAGUGACUGGUGUCUCUAUUCGCGUCCCAACGCCCAACGUCUCCAUGAUCGACCUCACCAUUAGCACCGAAAAGCCUACCUCUCUCCAAGAGAUUCUAUCCGCCUUUCGUCUGGCUGCCAAAUCCCACAUGGCCGGCGUCUUGCGCGUCACAGACGAAGAACUGGUCAGCGCAGACUACAACGGCAGUCCUUACAGCGCGGUCAUCGACGCGCCUGCAUGCAUGGAAUUGAAUCCUCAGUUUUUCAAAAUCAUGGCCUGGUAUGAUAAUGAAUGGGGCUAUUCUAAUCGCUUGCUGGAUUUAACUACCCUGGUUCAUGCUAAGGAGGCGGCGUGA